UAUUCUGGUUCUGACAUGGUGAAGAAGAAAGGGAAGAAAUCUAGUGGACAGAGAGAGGAGCAGGCAGCAGAAGGUCAGCCUCAGAUGAAAACUAUUAGGCAGCGAGUGGGAUCAUCACAACAUGAGCAUCAAAAGCAACACGAGGCACCCCCAGUGUUGUCAAGUGGUUGCAUAGCUGGACCAUCACAGCAAUCACAGGGACAAAGGGAUCAAGGUCCUCAAAAUUGUUCACAACCUCAGAAUCAACAGCCAUUGAAUCCUCCUACUUACGAUGCUGGCAGAGGAAGAGGACAAGGAAACCCCCGAGCAGGCACUGUAAGGCAACAGACUGGAGAUGCUGAUGUUGCAGCUAUAACUAAAGGAAUUCAGACAUUAAAAAUCCCAAAUAGGACAGGUUGUGGGACUAAAGGAAGAAAAACUGCAGUAGAAACCAACUAUUUGUCAUUGGACUUGUCAAAGCUUCGGAACAAAAUUGCAAUUCAUUAUGAUGUGGAAUUUAAACCUUCACCAUUUCCAAAGAGGCUUUUGAGACUUGCAAUGGAAGAAUUCAGGCGGAUAAAUUUUCCUGAUCGAUAUCCAGCUUUUGAUGGGAGGAAAAACUUGUACAGUACUCGAGAGCUGCCAGAGAAAACUGAUAGUGUCAUGGUGCAAGAUGAAGAAUAUGGUGGGGUUAAGCAGUGUGAGAUUACUAUUACAUAUACAUCUCAAGUUAAUUUGGGAUCCCUCUCUACAUAUAUGAGUAGUGACAGUACACUGGAAAUCCCACAGAAAGCUAUUCAGGCUGUAGAUGUUGUGCUGCGCAAUGCACCAUCUUUGUGUGGGUGUGUGCAAGUUGGACGCUCAUUCUAUACUCCUCCAAGAGGUAGAAUUUUGAAACUCGGUGAUGGACUAGAAAUGUGGUAUGGAGUGUUCCAAAGUGCUACUUUGGGCUGGAAGCCAUUUGUGAACAUUGAUGACUUAAAGGUUGAUUACAUGAUCCCUAACAAUCCAACCAGCAAGCGAACAUUCAGGGUAAACACAAUUGCUGAAUGUCCAGCAAAAUUACGAUUUCAGUUGGAUGAUGGUCAAAGGAUAUCAGUUCAAGAAUAUUUUGCCCGUGUCAAGUGUAUAAAACUGAGAUAUCCACAUCUUCCGUGCCUUCAUGUUGGUUCGCUUAACAGAAAAAAUCCAAUAUAUCUUCCACCAGAGUUGUGUUCAAUCUCAAAACAUCAAGUGAUUAAUAAGAAAAUGAGUGAGAAACAGACUUCUGCAAUGAUAAAGCAUACUGCAACAAGCACUGAUAUGAGAAAAAGAAAAAUAAUGGAAAUGCUGAGCCGAGUGAGAUUCAAUGACGACCCAUGUGUCAGAGAAUUUGGUCUCUCUGUUGGAGAAAAGUUUGAAGAAGUAAGCGCUCGGAUCCUGGAUGCUCCGCAGUUGGAGUAUAAAAAUCAGAGAUUUCCUACAAUACCAAGUAGUGGUGUGUGGAGAGCAUCAAAUUUUGUUAGCAUUGGAAAUUUGAAAUCUUGGAUAAUUCUCAACUUAGACAGUUAUGUUGUAAGUGAAGAUGCACUCCGGUGUUUUGGAGAAGAAAUGCAGAAAACAGGGAAGAAGUAUGGGAUGAAUAUUCCACCUCCAUUAACAUCAAAAAUUUUGCAAUUUCCAGCACAGGAUACAUCUGAAUUGCAGACAUUCUUCACUUCAAUGAAACAUAAGAGAGUUGAUCUGAUUGUUGUUGUGAUUCCAGAUGUGAAAAACAGUUAUGCCAAGGUUAAGCAAAUUGCAGAACUAGAUGUUGGAGUGUUAACUCAAUGUAUAAAGUCAAGAACAAUGCAACGUAUGAAUCCAGCUACAUGUUCCAAUAUUCUUCUGAAAGUCAAUUCAAAACUGAAUGGAGUGAAUCACACACUUUCAUCUGUGUCAAGGCCGUCAUUCUUUGAAUCUCCUGUAAUGAUAGUUGGAGCUGAUGUGACUCAUCCUUCACCUGAUCAAACAGAUAUACCCUCUGUUGUUGCUGUAAGUAUUCAUGAUCCAAAAGCAUUAUUCAAAUACAACAUUCAGAUUCGACUGCAGCCUCCUAAAGUUGAGAUCAUUCAAGACUUGCAAGAUAUUAUUAAGGAACAGCUGUUGUACUUCCGUGAUUUCACACGUUAUUUGCCAAAGAGGAUAAUAUUUUAUAGAGAUGGUGUCAGUGAGGGAGAGUUUGCAAAGGUUUUGAAUAGUGAGCUGACUGCUGUUAGACGUGCCUGUUCUUCAGUGCAGCAAGGAUACAAACCAAUGGUGACAUUUCUUGUUGUUCAGAAACGACAUCAUACUAGAUUUUUUCCCACACGUAGGGAGGAUGAAGAUGGCAAGAACCGUAACGUACCCCCAGGUACUGUGGUUGACUCUGAGAUCACACACCCUGUUGAGUUGGACUUUUUCUUAGUGAGCCAUGCCAGCAUACAGGGUGUGAGUCGACCAACCAAGUAUCAUUUGUUGUGGAAUGAUGAUAAUGUUAUGACAACUGAUGAUCUUGAACAGCUUACAUAUUAUUUAUGUCAUAUGUUCUCACGAUGCACACGCAGUGUGUCCUAUCCAGCUCCCACAUACAAUGCACAUUUGGCUGCAUCUCGUGCUCGUGUGUACCUCGAUGGGAGAAAGAUAACAUUGACAAAUCUUGCAAAUAAACAGAGGAAGUACUUUGAAAGUUCUGUUUUGAAAGCGAUUAUAAAGGACUUUCCUAUGUAUUUUGUAUAGAAAGAUCUGUAUCACGUUUGAACAUCAACUGUGUAUGUUGAAGAAAGUGUUUCUCUUGUUUUUUGUUAUAUGAAAGAUUGAUAGAAUUCCAUCAAUUCAGAAUGUGAAAGGUGCAUUUGCCUGGAGAGACUGAGAGGACCCAUGAAUAGACCUCAGGAUAGCCAGACUCUGGUCUAAGAAUUGAACCAAAGAUGAAGCAGAAAUGCUAACCACAUAACACCAAUGUUCAGAAACUGUCAAGUGCAUUUCUGUCCCUCAU